AUGGGGGUGCUGCUGGCGCUUUGCGUCCUCCUGGUCUGGCUGCGCUGGGGCCCGGCGAGCGCCCAGCAGUCGGGAGAGUAUUGCCACGGCUGGGUAGACGUGCAGGGCAACUACCACGAGGGCUUCCAGUGCCCAGAGGACUUCGACACGCUGGACGCCACCAUCUGCUGCGGCUCCUGCGCGCUCCGCUACUGCUGUGCUGCGGCAGACGCCAGGCUGGAGCAGGGAGGCUGCACCAACGACCGCGGAGAGCUGGAGCACCCCGGGAUCACUGCGCAGCCUGUCUACGUCCCCUUCCUGAUUGUUGGCUCCAUCUUCAUCGCCUUCAUCAUCCUGGGCUCUGUAGUGGCUAUUUAUUGUUGCACCUGUUUGAGACCCAAGGAGCCUUCACAGCAGCCCAUCCGCUUCUCGCUCCGCAGCUAUCAGACAGAGACUCUGCCCAUGAUCCUGACCUCCACCAGCCCCAGGGCGCCUUCCCGGCAGUCCAGCACGGCCACCAGCUCCAGCUCCACGGGUGGUUCCAUCCGCAGGUUUUCCUUCACCAGGGCUGAGCCAGGCUGCCUGUCGCCCUCACCGCCCCCACCUUAUACCACAGGCCACCCAAUCCACCUGGCUCAGCCAUCUGGUUUCCUGGUGUCACCCCAAUAUUUUGCUUACCCCCUCCAGCAGGAGCCCCCACUGCCCGGGAAGAGCUGUUCAGACUUCAAUUCCAGUUGACAGACCAUGGCCAUGAAUCUACCAUGUAGUAGAAUGGCAGAGAGGUGAAGCUGCCAUCACCACCUGCGUCCCUCAGAAAAUUCCCCUUGUACAGAUCAGUGUCAUGGAGGAAGGACCAUACUAGGAAACAUGGCACUUUCUAAUCUUAGUAUUCCUGGCUCCAAUCACAGAUGGCUGAGUUAGAGAAUUGAUUUUUUGGUUUUGUUAAACAUGGUGAUGACAACCUUUCAAUUUAUGCUACUUUUAUUCAAAAUACACAGCGAUUUGACUUUAAAGUUGCAAAUUGACUAAAAUGUUUUAGUGGACAAUUUUAGAAAAGGGCCAUGUGUUCGUUCUUCACGAUGUUUAUUGAGUGUCAUAGAAAUAAAUAAGCAAAGAAAAAGAUGUUUAUUGAGUGUCAUAGAAAUAAAUAAGCAAAGAAAAAUACCUAAUUGUAAUUAUCCAAGGUUCACUUAAAAUUAACUAUUAUGUAAAUUUGAGGAGGCAGUGAACAACGUAUUUAUGAUUUUGGGAGUAACAUAAUCCUAAAUAAUAUUAGCAUAAUUAGAACAUUUACAUAAAUUAAUAACUAAAUUUUGUUUAAAAUAGAAGAGUUUUUUUUUCUAGAAUACAAGGUUUCAAUAACCACAUGAGGAGUUUAAAUACAUACUGAUUCAUUGCAACACAGAUUCUAUGGAAAAAUCAUUUCCCCCAUCUACCUGAGGGAGUAUUUAUUGCAGACUUUUUGUUCUGCAACAUUUAUUGUUUUGACUGAAGCUGGACAGUUGGGUCUGAAAACAUUUAUUUGUAAAAUGAGUUGUGUAUAAAUGUAAAGAGUUGUAAUUUAAUGUAUUUACCACAUUGACUAUACUAAUUGUUUCAUAGUCACACUGUAAUUUUUAUGUUAAUAAUAACUGUGGAGUUCAAAAUCCAGCUAUUGGUAUAAUCCUCUAAUAUUACAUAUGUCAAGCGUCACAGAAUUCCAUGGCGAUGGCUUCAUACUUGGGCAUAUAUUCUGCUGGGUUAGAAUAAAUAAAAUGGGGCAGCGCCUGUGGCUCAAAGGAGUAGGGCGCCGGCCCCAUGUACCGGAGGUUCAAACUCGGCCCGGCCAAAAAAAAAAAAAAAAGAAUAAAUAAAAUGCUUCAUGUUUUUCUAAACUCUUUGUGAAAUUUUAAAUCAAUGUACUUCACUUUAUCUCCUUUGUAAUAGUCUUUAUUUUUAUGAGAUGUCUUUAUUUAACGCACACUUUAUAAUUUGAAAUGUCCCUCUUAGUAGUCCCUUUCUAAAUUAGUCAGACGCAGACUUCUGAUCUAAAAGUGUUGCUGGGCUCGGCCUCUGUGAUUUCUGGUCCAGGAAGCACAUCCAGAGAUGUGGCGCCUUUUCCUAAAAGCAGCCGGGCUCUGAUUUCUGUUCUGCUCUCUCCUAUCUAAAAGCGACUUGUCUUCCAGGUGUCUCAAACUGCUCAAAAUAAUUAAGGAAAGAAAGAGCUAAAUGUACAACAGACGAACAUCUUUUAUGUUCUAGAACAGUGAUUUUCAACUGGUGUGCUGAGGCACGCUGGCCAGUCUGCAAGGCCACGCUGUGAACCCAGGCAGUCUGCACAAGAGGAUCUUGGGUGUGCUAUGAAAAAUUUUAAAGAUCAUUACAAUUAAAUUAUUUUCAAAAGAAGUUGAAAGCACAGUAAGUAUAUUCUUUUUAUACUUUUUUUUUUGAUGAAGAUACUUCGAGUGUGCCACUGAAGUUUAACUGUAGGUUCAAGUGUGCUGUGAGAUAAAAAAGGUCGAAAAACAGUGUUCUAGAACAUCCUUCUAUAUCAUUAGACUGGUUUUAUUCAUGUUUGCUGUGUAUACUGCCCUUGCGAUAGCUUUAACCUCUUCUGAGCUGUUUACCUGAACUAGUCUAAGUGUUUAUACGUAUUAGCUCCUUUCUCCCUUCAAAUAAACAGCAGGGAGAUCUUAUGAUUCCUGUUCUACGGAUUUGAAAACUGAGGCAUAGAAGAGUGAAAUAACUUGCCUAAGGUCCUAUAGCUCGUAAGGCAUUAGAAGGUUUGGGGGUGGGAGCAGGCGUGCUGACAUGCUUUAUGGUUUUUUUUUUUGCAGUUUUUGGCCGGGGCUGGGUUUGAACCUGCCACCUCCAGUAUAUGGGGCUGGCGCCCUACUCCUUUGAGCCACAGGCGCUGUCCCGGACAUGCUUUAUGUUUUAUGCAUGCUAAGAUGCAUAAAGAGAUCCAAGUUGGUGUCUGAGAUUUUGAUGCCUCUGUGUGGACAAUCUAUUGAGAUUUCAAAAGCACAAGGCCCAGUUUCCUAGGCAAUCAUUUUCAGCCCUGUUAGAACCAAUGAGCUCCUUCUAGAAGAAAUAUUUUGUGACAUCCCUUUAACUGUUCUAAAAUGAAAUUUAUAGCUAAUAUACCUCAUUACAAACAUAAUUUUAAAAAAAUCAAUGUAAUGCCCUAGUGGCAAUCAGGGGAAAGAAGAGGAAAGUAGCUUAUUUCAAAAUUUAAUGGCUUAGCCAGCGGUUCUCAACCUGUGGGUCACAACCCACAGGAACUGUAUUAAAGGGUCAGGGCAGGGCGGCGCCUGUGGCUCAAGGAGUAGGGUGCCAGUCCCAUAUGCCGGAGGUGGUGGGUUCAAACCCAGCCCCGGCCAAAAACCAAAAAAAAAAAAAAAAAAAGGGUCAGGGCAUUAGGAAGCUUAAGAACUACUGGCUUAGGCACACUUAACAAAAAACGUGGAUGCUAACCCCUUCUGCAGAAUCACUACCAUCGGACAGCUUCUCAUUUGGUCCCAUGCAGGUUGCACUGCUGCUGUUUGUGAUUUUUGAAAAACAAAAUUUGAUCUUCCCUUCAUUUGCACCGUAGUUGGAUAUCUGAAAAAUUCAGCAUCCACUAAGGCAAAUAAUACUUUCUAGGUAAAAUAGGAUUGUGGUUUUCUAUCAAUAGGAACAGUCCAAAGUCCUGCUGAUGGAAAUCAAAUAUUUUGGUGCAGACUGCCCAUGUAUUGUAGCAUUUCUCACCAAUGAAUGCCCCACUCCUGCUCCCACCCCCAAACUUUCUUUCUUUCUUUUUUUUUUUUAAGACAGAGUCUCACUAUGUCACCCUUGCUAGAGUGCUAUGGCAUCACAGCUCACAGCAACCUCCAACUCUUAGGCUUAAGCAAUUCUCUUGCCUCAGCCUCCCAAGUAGCUGGGACUACAGGUGUCUACCACCACGCCUGGCUAUUUUUUAUUUUUACAUAUACAUGUGUUAAUUAGGUUUCCAUUUUUUUUUUUUAUGCCCAGCUAUUUUUGGUUGUAGUUGUCAUUGUUGUUUGGCUGGCCCGGGCUGGGUUCGAACCUGCCAGCUCCGGUGUAUGUGGCUGGAGCCCUACCGGUGCCGAGCCUCCACCCCCAAACCUUCUGAUGCCAAAGACACCCACCCAAUUCCACAUAUCCUCUAGAGAGCUGAACUGCUGCCACUGAAAACCAUCUAGUUUGUUGCGUUUCUCUAGUGCUUUCCCUUUGGAGAGCAGUUUAUGUCCAUCAGGCAGACGAAUGCUAAGAAUUCAUUGAGUGCUUACUUUUGCAAAUGUCCCUUCUUUAGAAAGAUGCCCUGAUUCAUCAAGUUAACUGGCCAUAAGCUGUUUAAAAUUAGGGAGAUACUGUGUAUCUCAUUGUAAUACAGCUUCAGUGAUGCUGAAUCAAAUCUCAUGUCCAAGUACUUGGUGACAUGUAGCACAUGUCUUUGACUUUCUCUCUGAAAGCCAGGGAGCUGGUGAUAUUAGUGUUUACAUUCCUGGGGUGGUAAGGCUAUCCUGUGGCAGAUUUCUAGAUCUUGUGCUGUUUAACAAGCCUUUGUUGAACACCACUGUGGGUGGGGCUUUGGAUGAAUAAAAGAUGAAUAAAAUGCCGUUCUGACUCCAGGAGCCACUAUUUACUAUGGGCGCCAGCAUGACAGCGAAUUCUUGUGGUGAAAUGUUACAGGUGCUUUCUAGAAGAAGCACAUUAUCUUUUCUGCUUUCUAGGAGCUCACGGCUUGAUUAGGGGAGAGGAACAGGCAGAGUAAAGACUUUGAAGACUGGCAUGGAAGCAGCCCUGAACCUGAAAGAACAAGGAAUGUGUAAAAAUCCAGAGGAACAGCUGGGCGCAGUGGCUCAUGCCUGUAAUCCCAGCACUCUGGGAGACUGAGGCAGGUGGAUAGCUUGAGCUCACAGGUUCGAGACCAUCCUGAGCAAAAAGUGAGACCCCGUCUCUACUAAAAAUAAAAAAACUGAGGCAAGAGGAUCAUUUGAGUCCAAGAGUUGGAAGUUGCAGUGAGCUAUGAUGCUACAGCACUCU